AGGAGCAUUGGCAUGAAAUCACUUCUGACUAUCUACAUUUUGCUAUCCUUUGGAGAGUUAGGCCUCGCUAACAUGGCACAAAUGCGAAAGAAAUCACACACCGAGGAAUUCGAAGGAAUGCCAGCUCUGUUCAGGGCCAUGUCCUCUUCUCCAAACGAUGGAUACACCUACAAUUGGAGCGUGGUUUCGUUUUCAACGAAUGGACAACCAGAAUCCGGUAUAAACUGCAUCGUUUUGUAUCUGGAUCAGUGCACAUCCUGGAAUAAGUGUAGACAGACCUGCCUGAAAACCGGAGCCACCAGCUAUAGGUGGUUUCAUGACGGAUGCUGCGAGUGUGUGGGAGAACUUUGCACGAAUUAUGGCGUAAAUGAGAGCAGAUGUCGAUUAUGUCCUGAACCCGGACUUGAAGAUGAAGAGGAUUGAAAAUUACUUUGGCAAGAAAAAAUGUUCUUAUGCCAGCUAGAGGCUAAUUAUCGCUACGUCAUUGUAAUUCCACUUUAUUUUUUAGAUUAUGAAAACUUAAAAUUGGAUUUAGUUAAACAAAAAUAAAAGAAACCGU